AUGUCAUUCAAAGCCGAGCCGCUUGAGAAGGACGAAGCGUUCUUCGACGAUGCGCAAUCGGGCGUCGUCACCAUCACCGGCAACGGACAGCGCGUCUAUUGGCUUGGAGUUCGCAGCAUCCAGAUAUACCCAUCUACAGACGAAAGCGCGGUCUAUAUUUGCAGGGAUAUUGACGGCCAAGCUGAGCUUGAAUUUCAAGAGGAGAUAUCCAGGGGAUUUGGUAUGAGGUGGUAUCAUCAAGAUGACGCUCUGCGUCUUUGGGGCUCGGAGGUCACUAUCCGCUCGGAACUGCUCGCUUCCCCGUAUAGCGGCGGAAAUCGUGUCUCCGAACGUUAUAGAUGA